AUGCCAAAUUUACACGUUCAUUAUUAUAAUGGGAAUAUCAAAGCCUUCCGUCAAGAGUUGGAUGGGAGCAACACCUCCAACACAGGAGGUAAAGGGGGGAUUAAUCCUGGAAGUGCAUCUGGAGGAAAGAGCUGGUCAAUAUCUGGAUUUAGCACGGGGUCGGUAAAAGCUGAUAUCAAUGAGAGAGAUCAAUUUGGCCGAACAGUCCUACAUCUCGUAGCUUCAUCCUCCACUGCCAAUGCCUAUACAUUCUUGAAUAUCCUGCUGAAGAACCCGAAUAUAUCUGUGAAUCUGCAAGAUACCGAAUCGGGCUAUACGGCACUUCACCGAGCACUAUUUGUUGGCAACCUACGAGCAGCCAGAGAGUUGUUAGCGAGAAGUGAUAUAGAUACGAGUAUAAAGGAUGCAGAGGGGAUGACGGCUUUCGAUCUGUACAAUGGGACUGUUGAAGGGACAAAUCCACCACAUGAUGUCGAUGGAUCCGACUUGUACGUCUGGGGAGUCAAUCGAAAUUACGGUCUCGGUACAGGAGAUGCAUCCGACAAAGCCUUUCCCGAUCGAAUCAACCUCCUAACCCAAGCUCAGUCAAGUGGUCGAUCCGACCCAUCUGAGAAGUUCGAUCAUGUCGGAGUCAAGAAAGUCUCCAUGGCUAAAUUACAUACCGGAGUCAUUACGAAUGAAUCAAGGGGGAACUUGAGUUUAUGUGGUUUCGGUUCGAAUGGUCGAUUAGGUCGAUCAACUCAUUCUCAACUCUCAUUGUUACCUUUACCCGACUUGCCACAUACCAUCAUCGACAUUGCAUUAGGGCAGGAUCACACAUUGGCGCUAGCUUCUGGUGGAUACGUCUUGUCCUGGGGACAUAAUAGAUUUUCCCAAUUGGGUUAUACGAUCGAAGCUCCCGAGAAACCCAUGCCGGGUGGCAGAGAUGGUGAUGAUUUGGUGCAGAUAACGCCGAAAAGGAUUGUAGGACCAUUGAAAAAGGAAAUUGUAAGGGGUGUAGCGGCGGGAAGGAUGAACAGUGCUUGUUGGACUGCCGACGGUGUAUGGACUUGGGGGACGAACGCUGGUCAUCUAGGUUACGAUAAAGCUUCGAACCCCGUACAAGUUGUACCUAGAAAAGUGACCUCUAUCACCCAGCCAGUGCUUGAUAUCGCAUUCACAGAUUACGCUAUGAUCUGUCUGCUGGAUACAUGCGAAGUUUUAUGUUUUCAUCGAGAUACAUCUUUCAAGAUCAGUUUCUCUACCCCUCGAGUCUUGUCCGAAGCAUUUCCUUUCAGACCGCCUCAGGCCACCUUGAAACCUAUGAUCAAGAAGGUUACCAGCUGCGGUACUUCUUUCGCUGCUCUCUCAUCGAUAGGUGAUGUUUUCACCUUCUCGCUACCCAACCCUCUGGACGAUCUACCGAAAGAUGCCAGAGGUGGUCAUGUUAGUGUGAAACCUCAGAUGAUUUGGGCUUUGAGGAAAAGCUUUACGGCUGUUCAAGAUGUCGCACUAGGUUCCGAUGGCACAGUUAUCAUUUGUACUCAAUCCGGGCACGUUUUCGUCAGACAACGACUCAAGUCAGGCUCCGGUCAAUUAAAGUUCCGUCGAAUACCGUAUCUACAGAGAGUCGUCAAAGUUGCGGUCAACGAAUCAGGAGCGUUCGCUGCUAUUCGGGUGGAUGCUAGAGCUACCCCGAUCUCACUGGCUGGAAGAACCCUCGAAGAAGACCUGUAUCUGCUUCAACCGCAUAUCGGAAGAUUCGAGAAUCAAAUGACCGCCGAUGAAUUCGAAGAAGCUCUCAAGAAGAAAGUCGAGGAUGAUGAGGAGGACGAAAGCAGCAAUUCCGUCACAAAAGACCUGUCGGUCACAUUCAGGUUCUGUACCAUCUUGAGUAGGUGGAGAAACGAUGAUGGGGACUCGCUCUUCGCAUGGGGUGAACCACUGCUUGGAAGCGAUGUUCACCUCGUUGUUAAGGAUGUUGCUAUUCCAGCUCACAGUGUGAUUCUGUCUCUGCGAGUACCGAAGUUCAAGGAUCUUUUGGCUGGCUCUGGAACAAACAAAUCCGAUCACAUCUCUUUAGGCAAAUAUCGAUCAUCAAAAGCUAUUCAUAUCAAUGCUUGUCAUCCGCUCGUAGCGUUGUUACUCCUUCAAUACAUCUAUUCGGAUGAUAUUUCGGCGAUUUGGGAUGCGCGAGUUGCUCGAGCAGUACAAGAUAAAUUUGCUAUCCUCAAACUUCCCCUGGGACAGAUAAAAUCCGAUCUCAAAACCUUAGCGGAUGAUUUGGAACUCACACCUCUCUCGACCGUUCUCUCCUCAGCAGGUAAACAACCCAUCUCUCAUCUGACUCUCCCAUCCGAUCUAUACGCUUUCUUCACUUCCACCCACUCACUACCGCCCUCCCCCACCACGCAGUGCGACGUAACGCUUGUCUUGGCCGACAAGGAGAUCUCAUGCAAUUCGACGAUAUUGCGAUCAAGAUGUCCGUUCUUCGAAGCUAUGUUUGCUGAUUCUGAUUGGACAUCGAGACGAGUCGACGAAGGUAGAGUCACAGUCAAUAUGGAACAUCUCAAAUGGCCUGCAAUGAAAUUGGUCUUUAGGUAUAUACAUGAAGGAGCGGAGGACGAUUUGUUUGAUUAUUUGCACCAAGAUACGCUUGACGAUUUCCUAGAUUUCGUAUUUGAGGUGCUAGCUGCUGCCACUGAGUUAUUACUCGACCGGCUCGUUCUCAUAUGUUCGCGAGCAAUUGUGAAACACUGUAAUGCUCUCAACGCCGCCGCGCUUGCCACCGAAGCAACCUUCUAUCAAGCCAACACCCUCAAACUCAGUAUAUUCGACUAUAUCAUCUCAUGUAUGGAGACAAUGUUAGAAUCGGGUCUUCUCGACGAGAUGGAUUUCGAUGUUCUACAGGAUCUGAGUGAAGUAAUAGCUCAGAAGCAGGCUACUAGACUAUCAGUGUCCAGAAGCCAGUUACUCGUCAAGCAAGCGACGGAGAAGCAUCGUGAUUGGUUGUUGUUACAGGACAUACCCCAACCGAGAGUCAGACAGCCUUUCAGAUGGAGACCUAAAUCCCCAGCUCUAUCACCGGUCGAUACGAUGACUCUCUCCUCCGCCAACAAGGAUAAGGAGAGAGUCAAGAUGCCUCUCUCACCGAUGAUGUCUCCUGAGAUGCAACCUUCGGCGGCAGAUGGGAUCUUCCAAAUGGACGAUGACUUGCCUACGCCGCCUUCGAGCGCUUCUGGAGCUGUAACACCCAGAGUUGCCAGACCUGUCACCCCGCUGAACCUGUCUGCUGCCGCUGCGCAGGACAGUAAGGGGGCUGUAUGGAGAUCGAAGACGGUCGAAACAGAGAAGGUUGACUUACGAAGUAUCAUGGCUGGAGAAGCUGCCCGAAAGACCCCAAGUCGACCUGCUGCUACUCCCAGUAGUAUUCUUGGUGGACCUUCACGGCCUCAACCUACACCUUUACCUACCCCCACCAAAACCCCAUCGACUCCACGUAGUCAACCAUUAUCAUCUGGUGGCAGUCCAUGGCGAUCUAUGGAUACACCCAAAACAUCUUUUUCCUCCUUACAGACUCAACAAUCGCCCGCCUCCUCAUCAUCUACCCUUCCUCGUCCCACUAGCUCUCAAGCUUCGCCUGCACCUCAGCGGAGUGGAUCUUCCAAAGUGAUCACACCGGUGAGAUUACCCCCGUCCGCACCUGGUACCAUCCCUCAGCGGAAAGUAUCUGCUUCGGGAGCAGCAUGGACCACACCUACAUUCACACCUACCCCACAGGUAUCUGUUUCGCCUAUCACCCAGGGCUUUUCGCUUCUGGCUAUACAGCAGCACGAGCGUGAUAUCGCUGAGAUGAGCGCUAAGAAACCUGCCAAAAGCUUGAAAGAGAUCCAAGAGGAAGAAAGGGUCGCGGAGAAAGAUAAAGCCCAAGAAGAAGAUUUCAUGAGGUGGUGGAAAGAGGAGGAAGCUAGAGUCGCUAGAGAAUCCGGAUCAGGAUCUGGAUCAGGACCAGUACCUAAAAGAGGGAAAGUUAGGACGGCUACUACUAAAGGUAGGAAUGGAAAGAACGGUGAGAAUAGUGAGAUGACUGGGGCUGGUGCUGGAGAAGGAUUGAGGGCCAGUGGUAGUACCAGAGGUGGAAGAGGUGGGAAGGUAAAAGGAAAUGCCGGUGUUUCGAGGAAUGGUGAAGAUGGGGAGAAACGGAAAGGGAAUAAGGAUAAGGAUAAAGAUAAGGAUAAAACUCCAUCGAAAUCGCACUCGAAUUCAGAUGAUACCAGACAGCCAUCGCAAAAGAAACCUAUUGGCACUCCAACUAAAUCAAUCAAUAACACACCAUCCAAAUCUAAUGGUAAUCCUAGCAAGAACAACAACAACAACGAUAAUAAUAAUCUCACAAAUUCAUCUACUACAAUAAAAUCACAAUCGGAAUUACAAUUACAACCAACAGCAUCGACGUUCGUACCUAAAGCGAAUGCACCUACAUUUGUACCUCGAUUUGGAACAGGGAAUGGUAAAUAA